CUGCCGGCUGAGUCUCGCUGACGGUCGGAUCAGCGCUUUUCUAGUCUGGGUCGCGCUUCUUCUUUCCCUGCAAGUAUCAUGUCCCGGAUCCUCAAAUCAGUGGAUUACGAGGUAUUCGGCCGGGUUCAAGGGGUUUGUUUCAGAAUGUACACAGAGGAUAAAGCUAGGAAAGAAGGUGUAGUUGGCUGGGUUAAAAAUACCAGACAAGGGACUGUUACUGGACAAGUGCAGGGUCCAGAAGAUAAAGUGAAUGAGAUGAAAGCUUGGCUGACCAGGGUUGGAAGUCCUAGCUCACGCAUUGACCGGACACAUUUUUCGAAUGAAAAGGAAAUCUCAAAACUUGAAUUCUCUGGAUUUGCCACAAGAUACUAAUUCAAAAAAUCAGAGAAUUAUCUUACUUCUACCAUUGCAUCAACAUUUCCAGGUUUCUCUAAAGCUUAUUAGGAAAAUGUAACAAUUAUCUCAUUUACAUUCUGGUGAAAUUGUUAUGCGGUAUGUUAAGGCAAAUAAAUAAAUAAAUAAAUAAAUAAAUAGUACCAUUGGUUAAACAUAUUUCUUCUUUACACAUACUUUAUAAACCCCCAAUUAAGGCUACCUCUACAAAUGUGAUUGUUAUUCCCAUGUUAUUAGGCAUGUUGUUCUGUUAUCAUGUGCAUGUUUAUUUGGAAGUGUAAUUGGUAUAUAUGCCUGCAGCUUUAAGGAUCUGUCCCAAAAGUAAGGGUAGAAUUACUAACAUCUUAAAACUAAUAUCUUUGACUACAUUAGGUGAAAUAAUUUACUAAUUCCUUAAACAUUUAGUUCUGGACACUCUAAACCAGUCUCAACCAAUAUGUUUUACAAUACAUUAAAACAAUUUUUAAAACCUAAUUUAGUUCUCUGGCCAAUGACCUUCCUAUUGCAACCAGAAGCCAUCUGUCAUCAUUAUUCCUAGCAGGGGGAAAUACUGAAUGUACCACAUUAAAUUUUGAAAAGAAUGUUGAUGGUAUUUUUUUGCACAUACGGUAACAAUGCUGAAAU